UAGAGGGCCACUUCCGUCCGCGGUGCCCAUCUCAAAUAUGGCGGAAGCAGCCUCAGUGGCACGCGGCGGCGCGGGGAGGAGCAGCGGGACGCGGCAGGCAGGAUGUUGCGGACCGCGCUGGGCCGCGUGCCGACGCUGCUGGGUGGCGUGCGAACCCGGGGACCCCGCCUGGGGCAGCUUUGGGGUCCCGGGGUUCGGCUGAGGGCCGCGGAGAGACGGAGGGGCUGGGCCUGGGGCUGGCGCAGCUGGAGCUCUGCGUCGGGUUCGGGGCCCGGGGCGGCACUGGGACGCGUGGAAGCGGCGCACUACCGGCUCGUCUACACCUGCAAGGUCUGUGGGACUCGGUCCUCCAAGCAUAUCUCCAAGCUGGGGUACCACCAAGGCGUGGUCAUCGUGACCUGCCCUGGCUGCCACAACCAUCACAUCAUCGCAGACAACCUAGGCUGGUUCUCUGACCUGGAGGGGAAAAGGAACAUUGAGGAGAUCCUGGCCGUCAGAGGAGAGGAGGUGCGCCGAGUGUCUGGCGAAGGGGCCCUGGAACUGAUUUUGGAGACUGUGGAAACCUCCGAGCCCCCUGCUGUUCCAGAAGAGGAACCUCCUGUGCUGUCUGUGGAAGCUGUCAUCAUCCAAAGGCUGAGCCUGCCCCCCCACCCCCAGCCUUCUCCCUCAUGGAUGGCACUGAGGUCGGAACAGGCUGACUGUAUUACCUGAAAGCCUUCAAGUGCAGAAAGCCAGUGGGGCCUGGUAAGGCCACCUCACUGCCUCCCAGGUCUGAACCAGUGUUAGAGCAGGUUGGGGUUGGCUGGAGCUGGUGGUGCACAGCUGGAUCUAGGGGGCCUGCUCUGGAUGGGAACUGACUUGUCUCUUACGUGACUUCCAUAUGAUGAUGCCUCCCCACUUGGGCCCUUGCUGCUCCACAGACCCAUCCCUCCUAGGGGGCUCUCCUGGACAUCAAGCCUCACCUCAAGUUCUGCCUUCCACACAGACCAGUGGGGCAAAGCUGGAUUCACACCCUGUUUUGCAGACUCACCUCUGGGCCACUGUCCCCAUCCAUGUGUCCCUAGGGUCAGACACCUGACAGUGCCUUGAGUUGCUCUGACUGGCCAGUUUCAGCUGUCCACCCUUUCCCUCCUUCAGUGGAGACCUCAGUAAAGGCCCCUGCACAUACCUCAGUGCUUCUGCUCAGAAGAGGGUGUCGGAUUCCCCUGGGUGCUGAGACCCGAACCUGGGUCCUCUGCAAGAGCAGCCAGUGCUUAACCGCCAUUUUUUUUUAAAGACAGGAUGGACUUGGACCUCUUGCCACAGGCCUUUUCCAUGGCAACAGUGUUCUGGUGUUGGCUUCCCAGCACCUGAGCAAUCCCAGUGUGCCUGAAAGAGUGGUUGCCUCCAAGGCUACCAGAGGGCCCCAGGCCCAGGCCCCAGCCCUAGGCAAUUGUGGGCUUCUCUGGGUUGGUUUGCUGGUCUCGGCGUGUGUCGUCCCCAUAGCUUCCCUUGCCCCAGGCCAGGCCGUCUCCCAAAGAGCUCAGUCAGGACUCCAGCCCCAUGGGUGCUGCCUACCACCCGGACACUGAAGAGGAGGCCCUCUCCAAGCUACUGUUGUCUGGACUGGCCAAAUCCUGUCUCUUUGACAUGGAUUGCUAGAACAAUGGAAGCCCUAUGGUUGGGGUGGGCAGCACCCAGGACUAAUCCAGAGGAGGUUGCUACGUCUGGACCCCCACAGUGCUCACCAAUGCACUGUGACAACUCUGGUCUCUGCCACUUGUCCCUGGAAAACCUGGACCAUGAGGAGGGACAGUGAGAGGUGCUGCAGGCAAAAACCCUGGCUACAGAUGUUGUGAUGGAAACUUAACUCCUGGCCCUGACCUGCACUGUUCGAGCAGCCCUGUCCUGGGAAGACUGACUGGCACAAAUCCAGACCGGAGACACAAUCACUUGGCAGACUUUAUUUUUGGGUAAAACAAAAACAAACGUACCUGUCGGGUUGGAAAGGACCCGUGGACAACAUGGCAAACACGUGAGCAGUAAAUACGCAUGUACAUUCAAGUAUGCGGGCGGCCACCACAUCCCGCCCGAGACCCUGUGCCCUGGCAUCUGCCCUUAGCGUGCUUUUUCAUGUCAGGAGUGGGGUCUCUGUUGAGCCUGGCCCUGCCCCAGGCUUUCUUCCUCAGGAGAGGAGGCCUAGGACUGAGAGGCUAUACAGAGCCCUCCAGUAGGAGGUUCUGCAGGUGGUAGCUGGGACCAGGGGCAAGGGUAAAGAUCAUGGCUCCGAGGGUCUGUCUCAUAGAGGCCCCAUCAGGUCUCGCCUGAGUCUACAUCCCAAGUUAGGUGUCC